AUGCAGCAACAGAAUUUACAGGUUUGCAGGAGAAGCCAACCCCCUUUAUUACGAGGGAGUCUGCUGUCUCUACGACAACCAGACACAAACAAAUGAGGUAUCAGUGUCUCAGCUGAAGCCACUUGGUUGCCACCUACAACAGUGCCAAGUCCAGAACUGAAUUCUUCACAGAUGGGUGAAGAAUCUCAUAUCUGAAGCAACUGUGACACCUUUCACUAUGCCCACCAAAUCCAGAAAAUCGAGGUCCCGCAGUUCGAAGCCCGCCAAAAAGACUGGCAGUCCAAAAACACCCAAAAAGAGGUCCUCAAGUGCCAAACCCACCAAGACGGAGGUGGACAUCCUCAGCCCGGCAGCUAUGGAGAAUGUCUACUACAUUUCCCACAAUGCAGCACAGUGUCUGGAUUUCAGAGGCUUUGGGUGGCCAAAUUCAAAGAAGAAAAAGAGAGCAAGACGAAAGAAGAAAAAGUAGAUCAUAGAUUCUGCCAAAGUUGAGAUUUUGUUUUUUCUUACAAAGGUUGAAGGGAUCAGAUUUGAAUACCUUCCUGUGGCACCAUCUGGACAUAACAGCAUGAAAACAAAACUCUGCAGGUAAAACUACUAAAUUCACAACACUAGAGACUUUAAAA